AGAUCUGGGUUCUCUCUGAAACAGUCAAACUUCAUCUUCUUUCUCCUUUCCUCCUCCCUGCUCAUCCUUCUUCUUUCUUCUUCUUAUUCUCUCUCUCUCUCUCUUCUCCCUUGUAAUCUUCUUACCUCGUAAAAUUCACAUGUAAACGGAUAUCUCCUCGGGUAUUAAUGUUAGAUGGUGUCCGUCCUAGAGAGAUUACUUCAUUUAUACCGCUGCUCUUUUCUGGUCUGGCAUUGCAUAGAGAGUAUCGGUUUAAAUGCAGUGGCCUAACUUUCUGGUUUGGUAGUAGCAGUUUUAAAUGCUCAUGCAGAACCUCUAGCCUUACCCCUUUUAAUUAAAUCCCUAUCCAGACACUCUUGUUUCUCCACACUCUUUAACCGAUCCCAUGUAUGCAUGCAUGUUUGAAUCAAAGCUCACGCACAAUUGCAAUCCUUACUUCUUGGAAUCAAACAAAUGCCACUCCUCCAAUCGCCUCUGCUUCCUUCCUUUGCUCCCCAAUUCGAUGGAGUAUCCGGCCGAGGCGCCGUCAUCCUCUCAAUUCCAUCCUCAUUUCCUGCAAUUCUUUCCCUGGAAGUUCCCAGUCCUACAAUCUUUCUUAAGAUUUCUUGUGAUGGAGACUUCUUGCUACCAAUUCUUGUAGGAGAUUAUGCUAUUGAAAGAAUUAUAGAGGCCUUGUGGGGAGAUGAUAAUGGGGAUUCUCCAGAUCUAUUCCAGUUUGUGAAAAAUGUUGUGGAAAAGCUAGGCUAUGAAGUAUGGAGUUAAUCUUCUCAUGAAUUUAAAACUUGCUUAUGUCUUAAGUUUUGUCUGUUUCCUACUCUGUUUGCAUUUUUUUUUUUUUUUUUUUGGAUUCCAUAAUAUCCUGCAGGUGAUGAGUGCUCUCCAGAAAAUGACAAGGGAAGUUGAUUGGGGAAAUCUUGAUAUUCUUGUGGUGGAUGUGGAUAUGCCACCUGGGACAGGUGAUGCACAGUUAACCAUGUCCCAGAGGCUCCAGUUAUCAGGUUAAAAUGGUGAAGAUUACUGAAAGAGUGAUGAAUACUUAUUUUGCAAAAUUAUACAUUGGAAAGCCAGGGGAACGUGAUAUUCUAAGUGUGGAUGCACAGCCCUCAGAUGCCAUAAACUUAGCUAACAGAUGCAAGCAAUGUGGAGAGACAAGCUAAUGAAACUUCGUAAUUCACAAGAUGAUCAUUAGCUGACCCUCCACGUAAGUCCACUCACCUUUAGGUGCUGGUUAAUUGGCUUAUAGGCACUCUCUUUUUGGGAGUGCAAUGCCUGACCGAGAGUGUAAGGAUAUAUUGUCCUGUUUGGCGGCAGCCCUGAUUACUGUAGUUCAGAUGUAGUUGACAUCUCCAGGGAUUUGUAGGAUGAACACUUGCCAGAAUGGAAGCUGUGGAGUCCUGGCCUAGCAUUCUCAGUAAUAAGGUAAUAUGCUAGGAACUAGUGUAAAUGUGUAAUUUAAGAUGCUUGCUUGAAAGAGGGCGUGUACAGAUUCAACUUAUAGCGAAGUUCCUUGGUGUGAAACAUGUUAUCUACCUUUUUUUUUAUCAGCAAAAGAUAGUAUUAUUAAGUUGGAGUACAAGGGGUACUCCUACCUGUACAAAAAAAGUAGAUUAUAAGGGUAGGGUGAUACAAUCAACACAUUCAUAAGAAACAUGUUAUCUACUUGAUUCGUUCAUAUAGCCAAAAUGUGAUAUAUACUCAAUUUGCAUAUUGAACUACAUGGAACAUGUUUACCGUCUCGGUGGUUCGUUUAAAAUCAAGCAGCAAGUAAGUU